AUGCGGCCUUAUGCCUUUGAUCGCCAACAAAGCCUGCUGCAGCUUGACUGCAGCGCCGACUUGCGUCACUAUUCUCGCAAUCUCGGCCCCGGCGUCCAGGAGCGCAUCUUCCAAACCACGAGCGACGCACUAAGAACUCAGCUCGAUGAACACCGCGACUUUCUGCUCAAACACCAGAGACAACAGCAACAACAGCAGCCGCAUCUGGCUCCUGUUCCCGUUCCGAGCGGUCCUGAGCCAGCUCUCGCCCAACCGUACACACAUGCUCGGCCCUACGCCCAACCGCCGCAGCCCCCUUCGGUAUCUUCGGUUAUACCGGCCGCAAUAGCAACGCGGAGUCCGACAAAAACGGUGCCAGGGGACAUCAAUACAUACCCGCUCGCGCUACGUGAAGCGUUGUACUCGCAGAAAUCAGCGCCACAAGCCCAUGACGGUCGGACAAUAUACCAUGUGGUGGCGAGCAGAGCGGGCACCCACUCAGGCGAAGAGGCAGCUGUAGUAACCAGCCGCCGAAACAUGGUGGUAGCCAAUGAAGUGGCAGCACAGUAUUUUCUUGAGAAUUACCUGGAAAACAGCGAGGAAGUAAAGUACAAGCAACUAGGGAAUGGCGCAUUGAGUUGCGAGGCAGUCAGGGACAAACAACGUAUAAGCGUGUAUGUACAAGAGGCGAAGUCAGUAGAGACAUAA